GUAAGGGCAAAUGCCUUGGGAGGCGCUGGUUGGCAGGAGCACUCGCAGGUGCCUCAGCUCCUGCAUAAUACGGGGCAUGAAGUUUUUCUAUACGCCCACGGAGAUCCGAUAAAGGUAACACCAACGAGCCUGGAAUGAUUCCCUCGAUACUCCUACUGAUCAAUCUUCUCCCUCUUACUCCUUGUCUCCAAAACUUUCUCUCCUAGCUCCGCCUGCAAAACAAUCAUCUCUUUCCACGAGCACACAGAUAAGAUAUAAUUGCUCAACAGUAUUUCCAGUGAUUGAAAACAGCACAAUGGCGUUGCUGUUUCUCAAACAAAAACUCUUUCCCUCCUCGGUCAACAACAAUCAGCGCGGUGCCAGGAGUGAACCCUUGAAGAAAAAUUCCUAUUCGUCUGAUCUCAGUAAGUUCUAUCUCAAUUCUCCUUGCUACAAUAACAAUGGCGUUCUUAUACACCGCCCUUUACUGCCCGACCCAGAGAACUUCGACGGCUCAACCGUCGAUGGUUAUAGUGAUAGGGAUGUCGAAGCACAAAUGGCUGGCUCAUAUAGUACCUUUGCAGCAAGCCCUCCCGGAUCCCCAGAUACGGAUGAUGUCGAGUCGAAUAGCAGCAGCUCCCGUUCUCGAGUUGACCCACGCCUAAUUUCCGACGCCAUUCUAGGCCUCUCUGACGGCUUGACGGUUCCCUUUGCGUUGAGCGCCGGUCUUUCUGCCAUUGGUGAUACUAGAGUUGUUGUUCUCGGUGGACUAGCUGAGUUGACGGCCGGUGCCAUUUCGAUGGGGCUGGGUGGCUAUGUUGGCGCGAAGAGUGAAGCGGAAUCCUAUCACGCGACAGUCCGAGAAGUUGAAGAGCUCAUGUCCCGUCCCGAAGAGACCAGCAUCAUUAUACAAUCCACAUUUGCAGCCUACAAGCUCCCGUCACACGCAAUUGACGAAAUUGUAAUAAACCUCCAAGCGGAUCCUGACCACCUCCGCGACUUUCUUCUCAAUUUUCACCACCAUGAAACCGAACCAGGGUGCAACCAGGCGUACAUGUCCGCGUUGACUCUUGCUCUAGGCUAUUUCAUUGGAGGGUUCAUCCCCUUGAUUCCCUAUUUCAUCGUCAGUCAAGUCCUCAUCGCUUUUUACUACAGCAUUGCCGUUAUGGCUGUCACACUCUUCGUGUUUGGAUAUGCCAAGACUUGUGUUGUGAGAGGCUGGGGCGGUAGCGCCAAUAUCAACGCCGGUAUAAUGGGUGGUCUCCAAAUGUGUGUCGUUGGUGGUCUCGCAGCUGGCGCAGCAAUCGCAUUGGUGAAAUUAAUUAACCGCGAUGAUCAAACUCUUGGUGCGAAGACGAAGACUGAAUGAACAACCCUUCGAUUUAUCUAGCAUUUAUGAGCGUUUUGAUAAGGCGUUGUGUCGGCAUAAAUCAUACAGUGCGAACCUGGCGUUUUGGCAUGAAUCAGGAAAAGGCGUAAUCUAGACUUAAUUGAAACAACAGACCAUUGAAGUGUUGCAUU